UUUCCCCCCCGUCCCGCCUGCAAGUCUCGUCGCGGGAGUUCCGGAGUCUUCGUUCUGUUACGUUCCUGUGGUUUGGAGGAGACUCGGCUGGUGCUGAAGCUGAUAAAAAGCCCGAUGACAUGGAGGUUUGGAGCAAAGAGAAAUACCUGGAAAGAACAGCACAGACUAACUUCCAUGGGGACUUCCUCAGCCCAGAGGUUCAGCGCCAGCAUUUCCGAGCCUUCUGCUACCAAAAGGAUGAAGGUCCCCGGGCGGUUUGCUGCCAACUCCAUCGUCUCUGCCGUCAGUGGCUGAAGCCAGAAAAACACACCAAGGCGGAGAUCCUGGACCUGGUGAUCCUCGAACAGUUCCUGACUGUCCUCCCACCAGAGAUGGGGAUCUGGGUCAGAGAGUGCAAACCGGAAUCUACUUCCCAAGCUGUGUCCCUGGCAGAAGGUUUCCUGCUGAGCCAGAGAGCAGUUAAGAAGGAGGAGGAGGAGCUGGUGUUUUCAGGAUCCUUCUCUGGCUUCUCUCAGGCGAUGGAUGCUCCAUCGGACUCAGCACAAGAGUCUCUCCUCCUGAAAAAUACAGAGGAGAAGGAUGGAGGAGCUGCCUUGUUAAAACCUGGAAAUGUGAGGACAGAUCCUGGCUCAUCAUUUCUUUGUGGAGGAAUGGAAACUCUGCCCCUACAGUCAGGACAGCAGGUUGCAGACGCUUUUGAGGAACUGGCUGUGUCUUUCACGGAGGAGGAGUUGGCGCUGCUGGAUCCGGUCCAAAGAGCUCUGUACAGGGAAGUCAUGGAGGAGAAUUUGGCCCAUGCAGUAUUCCUGGCUGGUGAGGUGGGAGAGAGGAGGUCUAAGGAAGAACAGCAUCAAAUAUGUCUAGGAAAAUGUACUGAGGCGAAGAAAACCCAGGGAAUAAAGACUGAAACUGUAGAGAAGAAGGAUGAAUCUUUUCCUUUUCCAUAUGGCAGUUUUCAUGAAAUCUCUCUCCGGGGAGAAACAGACCAAAGCAAUGAAUGUCAGAAGUUCUCCGUGUGCAAAGAAAGCUCUCACUGCCAGGCGAGUCUAAAUGCUGCCUGGGAGAUCCACCGAGAGAGGAAAACAAUGGAAUGCUCAGAAUACCGUGAGGAUUUUUGUGGUGCUUCAUCCCUAGAAAGAGGGCUGACGAUGCAGAGACAAGAGGAACCAUUUAGACACACGGAGUGUGAAAAGGGCGUCGGUCAGAGCACAGACCAUACUUCUCAUAUGAGACUCCAGACAGGGGAGAAACCCUUUGAAUGCCCAGAUUGUGGGAAGAAGUUCAGCCACAGCACAAGCCUCCCUCACUAUAUGGGACUGCUCGCUGGAAUGAAACCAUUUCCAUGCCCAAAAUGUGGAAAGUGCUUCAGUCAGAGAACACACCUUGUUGAACAUAUGAGGAUCCACACAGGGGAGAAACCCUUUGAAUGUCCAGAAUGUGGGAACAGGUUUGGUCACAAGCGCAGUCUUGAGUCCCAUAUGAGGAUCCAUGCAGGGACAAAGCCCUUUACCUGCUUGGAAUGUGGAAAGAGCUUCAGGGCUAGAAGCACUCUUAGUUCCCAUCAAAAAAUCCACACAGGGGAGAAGUCCUUUCAAUGCACUGAAUGUGGGAAGAGCUUUAGACAUAAAAGCACCCUCCGUUCCCAUAUGAGGAUCCACACAGGGGAGAAACCAUUUCCAUGCUUGGAAUGCGGAAGGAGUUUUGCCUGUAGAAACACUCUUAGUUUCCAUCGGAGAAUCCACACAGGAGAGAAACCAUAUGAAUGCCCAGAAUGUGGGAAGAGGUACAGUGUUAAGCGAAGCCUUGCUUUCCAUGUGAGAACCCACACAGGGGAGAAGAUAUUUAAAUGCUCCAAAUGUGGGGCCAGCUUCAGAGAUAAAAGUGGACUUCGUUCCCAUAUGAGGAUCCACACGGGAGAGAUUGUUUAAAGGCUUUCAGUGUUGAGAAUAUUUUCCCUCAGGGUGCAGGUUUUUGUGGUCUUGCAGCAAUUCAUGCAGAGGAAGAAAGCAUUGUGUUUUGAGUGAGGAAAGACAUUCAGGCAGAUUUCACACCUUGUCUCCCAUAUGAGGAUCCACACAGGGGAGAAACAACGCCUGGAACUAGGAAAGUGCUUCAAUCAGUGUGCACAAUUCACAGCAGAAUCCACAGAGAGAGACAGUGAUGGUAGUUCUUAAAGUGUGCGGCAACCUCUGGGCAGGAAAUGCACUUUAUAAGGAAUCAAAUACAGUGGAACCUCGACUUAUGAACGUCCCUACCUACGAACAUUUCAACUUAUGAA